AUGCCUGUGAAGUUUCUAUUGUUCAUAAAGAAAACCCAUGUCCCCAAGAGAACAGAACUUCCUGCUAACAUAAAGCGUGACUUUAAUAAAGAAAUAAGUAUAAGAUGCAUUUUAGAGCUAUUAGUUGAAAUCAAAAUCACAGAAGCAGGAAAAAGACAAGUUAGAAAUGAGAAUAUGUUGAGGCUGUUAAAAGGGGCUAUCCUAAAUACUAAGCAUGUUGAUGUGAUUAACUUAUAUCACGGUGGACACAUUUCCUUUGUGACGUCAGAUAGACGUUGGGUCAGUGAUGGACGUAGUCUUAUUUUGACGAGUUCUAAAGGUAACAAUCUCUUUCAUGUAUUUGAUGUAAGUGAAUACUAUAAUGUUGGUGUACAUACAGUAAACAGUGAAGGAGAACUUAUUUAUAUAGACAAAGACUGGAACAUUAACAAACUAAGUGCAGACAAUACUACAAAGUCGACAUUGAUAAAAAGAACUGAACUAUGGGAACCACUUUGUAUCUGUCAUUCUUCCUCUACUGGAGAUUUGCUGGUCAUGAUGAGAUAUGAUACACGAAACUCCGCCAUACCAUUAUCAGAUGUGAAAGUCAUUCGGUAUAGUAGUACAGUACAACUAAUCCAAAGCAUCCAAUACCAAAAAACAGGCGAACCAUUAUAUCAUGAUCCUGUCUACAUCACGGAGAACAGGAAUGGAGAUAUUGUUGUAUCUGAUUCAUUCAAAGGUGUGGUGGUCACAGAUCAUAAUGGAAAAUAUCGUUUUACUUACACAGGACAACCAUUAGCACCACCAUCAGUAUCCCUUAUACCACAUGGGAUCUGUGUAGAUGCACUCUUAAAUAUCCUUAUCUGUGGUCUAUUGGACCACGCAAUACACUAUAUUGACAAGGACGGUCAUCCCCUGUUGAUUCUAUCAACGAAAGAAGCUGGGAUAUUUGAACCAUUGGGUCUGGGAUAUGACGAAAAAAAUCAUCUUGUUUAUUUCGGAUCAAGAAAGACCAACAGACUGUGUGUGUACAGACAUAUAGAACGACAAAACUAUCUUGCAUAA